CUUCCUGGGGGCAAAGGCCGUCAGGCAGUUUGCGUCUAAAGAAACGUGCGGACUUCAGCCAUGGCCGGGGCUGGAUUUGAGUCGCUGGAGCGGUGCUUGGAGAAGCAUCUGCCAGUCGCAGACCUGCAGGAGGUCAAACGCAUUCUCUAUGGCAAAGAGACCAGGAAGCUCGACCUGCCCAGCAGGGCUUUUGAAGCCGCCUCCAAAGGGGACUUUGAGCUGCAGGGCUAUGCCUUUCAGGCUGUGGCGGAGCAGCAGAGGAGGCCCCGGACCGUGCGCAUGGGGCUCGUUCAGAACAGAACCCCCCUCCCCGCGGACACCCCUGUGGUGAAACAGGUCACUGCCCUGCACAGACGCAUCGAGGCCAUCAUAGAGGUGGCUGCCAUGUGUGGAGUCAACAUCAUCUGUUUCCAGGAAGCAUGGACUAUGCCCUUUGCUUUCUGUACGAGAGAGAAGCUUCCAUGGACGGAAUUUGCCGAGUCAGCAGAGGACGGGCCCACCACGAAGUUCUGUCAAGAGCUGGCGAGGAAGCAUGACAUGGUGGUGGUGUCCCCCAUCCUGGAGCGAGACACGGAACAUGGGGACAUCUUGUGGAACACAGCCGUGGUGAUCUCCAACUCUGGAGCCAUCCUGGGCAAGACGAGGAAAAACCACAUCCCCAGAGUGGGCGACUUCAAUGAGUCCACAUACUACAUGGAGGGAAACCUGGGCCACCCCGUGUUCCAGACUCAGUUCGGGAGGAUCGCCGUGAACAUUUGCUACGGGCGGCACCACCCCCUCAACUGGCUCAUGUAUAGCAUCAACGGUGCUGAGGUCAUCUUCAACCCCUCGGCCACCAUCGGAGCACUCAGUGAGUCCCUGUGGCCAAUCGAGGCCAGAAACGCAGCCAUCGCCAAUCACUGCUUCACCUGCGCCAUCAACCGGGUAGGCGAGGAGUUCUUUCCGAAUGAGUUCACCUCUGGGGAUGGCAAGAAAGCUCACCGGGACUUCGGCUACUUUUAUGGCUCAAGCUACGUGGCGGCCCCUGAUGGUAGCCGCACCCCCGGGCUCUCCCGCAACCGGGAUGGGCUGCUGGUCACCGAGCUCGACCUCAACCUCUGCCGGCAGGUGAAUGACAUCUGGGGCUUCAAGAUGACAGGCAGAUACGAGAUGUAUGCACGGGAGCUUGCCGAAGCUGUCCAACCCAGCUACAGCCCCAAGAUUGUGAAAGAGUAGCAGCCUUCAGCCGCUGCCCGCCAAGGAGGGCACCUCUGCCCACAGCAGAUCAGCCAGGGCUCCAGGCUCUAGUGUCCAAAUUCUCCCUGCUUGAUGCCCUGAUAGCACUGCUGCCCAGAUUGGUUUUAAAGUGCCUGGGUGGGGAGGGUCGAAUGAGUACCAGGUUUCCUUCUGUGGUGAUGAAAAUGUUUGGGGACUGGAUAGAGGUGAUGGCUAUACAACAUUGUGAAUGUACCAAAUCCAUUGAAUUGUUCACUUUGAAAUGAUUAAACUUUGUUAAGUGAAUUUUAGAAAUUCAAUUAAAGACAAUCCCAGGGA